AAACGGCUCUCCGUCGCGGAGGAACUUCUGUCGAAUCCGGCAAUCCUGUUUCUCGACGAGCCGACGUCCGGGCUGGACUCCACCGUCGCGCGGGAGGUGGUCGAAAUCUUCUACGACGACGAGCGCCGGGAGCAAGUGGCCCGGGAAACGGCGACCAACGUGACGAAGCGAAAAGAAUCCGAGCAAGAAGCCGACACGGGACCGGACAAAUUGUCAAAAGUCGAGCCACCAAGAACUGUUGCAUUGAAAAUGCACGACGACGAGGCCGCAGACGAGCCGGUAUCCCCAAGUGGGCAGCGAAAGCCGAUCGAGAACAAGACACGUAAGAAAGAUGCCACGAAACUUCUGCAGCCGUGGGAGCGUGCCAGGGCAAGGCUGGAAGCGAAGCUGAACGACUGCUGCAAAGUCGAUGGACGAGACAAGGCCAAGGGCCGUGACGAUGAUCUCGUCCCGAAGCACCAGAAAGAAAAACAGCAAACCACGAUUGUGUACACCAUCCACCAGCCUUCCUCGCUCGUCUGGAGCUGGUUCUCGCACAGCAUGUUUCUGGCGCGUGGCAAGUGUCUGUACUUCGGGCCCGCGGACGAAGUCGCCGACUAUCUGGAGGCGAACGUACCGGAUUGCCGGUGUCCGAAGGGAUUUUCCGCGGCGGAGUUCUGCCUGGACGCGCUGAACGAGGACCACCACGUGUAUCAAAAUGAAAAAUCCCCCCUCCCCAUAUCAAAACGGAAAGUUGUGAUGCUGAUUUGUGGCCACAAAUCAGCUUUGUAUUGCAGAGAGGCAUGGCGGCCAGAUCCCCAGGCUAGGUAGGGGCGUAUGGGUCUAGUUGUUCAGUAUGGCAAACGGCUCGCCUUUAGGCCCAACAGCAUGACAAAUCGCUUCCAUAAUGGGGCGGAAGCUUCUGCCCUUGUCUUCUUGCAAGACAGAUGUGAUUUGUGGCCUCAAAUCCGCAGCGCAAAUUUUUGGAAACAUACCUUUUCAAUAUGGGGAGGGGGGAUUUAUUUUCCUCUCAAUAACGUGGAGAGUUUGACGGCGCUCCGCGCAAAAGAAGACCACGCAACGAAGGAGAUCGGGAGGGUGAAAAAGAGUCAUUUGCGUUGUACUGCUGGGAACAGCAGAAAUCAUGAUGCUCUUGAUCAUGAUCGCAAUGAUGAAAACAUUAGAAUAAACUCGUGGGGGCGAAACACGAAAAAUGUUGGGCGCGACGAGGAGGAGGCCAACGCCAAAAAUGGAGGGGACAUUAUUGUCAACAAAGGCGACGAUUCUGACGGCACCGGUCUGGAGGACGAGGAACUAGAGCCCGGGUUUCUUGGCGAGGCGAGGCAGAAGUCCCUGUAUGCCCCGUUUUCGGUCCAGUACUCUGUGUUGGUCACCCGGGUGUGGCGCGAUCGCGUCCGGGACCGUAGCAAGACCCUGAUGGUGAUGGUGGGGAACGCCGCGCUGCUGUUCAUCCUGUCCGCCAUCUUGUGGCAGCAUGGCAAACGCCCCCAGCAGAACAGCGGCCGGUUUUGCGCCGUUAUUCUGGUGACCACCUUUCCCAUGAUUGGGGACACGAUUAACUACCUGAUGCAGGUCCUCUUCCUCCAGCCCCAGAUUCUGCGUGAGUACAACACGAAACGGCUGUACUACCUGUUUCCCUACUGGCUGGCGCAGCGCACCGGCGCGGCGCUGCUCGACUACGCGAUGACCUCGGUUUUCUACGUGACCACCAUGUUCUUCACCGUGGGCUUCUUCCCCGACUACCCUUUCUCCCGGUACGUGCGGGUGCUUGCCGCGGUGGCGCUGCUGCAGACGCUGGGCAUGAGUUACGGCAUGCUGCUGGGCAACCUGACGGAUGAUUUCACGCUGCUGCACGCGAUUCUGCUGAUUUUCUGCAUGCCCUUCAUGAUGGUGAACCCGGUUCUGGCGCCGGGGGUCGAGAUCCCCCCGUGGCUCCUGUGGUACCAGUACGGCAGUCCCUACUACUGGGGCACCAAACCCCUCAUUUGGGUGCUGUACAAGGACUACUCGAUGCAAGACCUGGAGCCGAGCGAAACGGACCUGCGCGUGCGGUUUCCGCACUACUGUGUGUACCGGGAUUCCACCGGUCGCAACUACAAGUGCAGCGAGCUAGAGGCCGCGGCGCCGGGAGGAGGGCGGAUUCCUCGCGCUCCGGGUGGAUCUACCGCUACUUUGCAGGUUGUAGCCGGGGAGGACCACCAACCCUCUGCGAGCUGGUACAACGAGGGCAAGCCCUUUCUGUUCCUGGACGGCAACGCCUUCCUCAAACAGCAGUUUGAUGUGGACCCGGAGCAGCCGUUCCAGGAGGUGUAUUUUCCGCUGCUGAUGUGCGCCGUGAUGCUGGUGGUGCUGAACGUCUCUGCCUUCGUCAUGUUCGCCUUCCGCCACAAGUACGCCUGCACCUGCUCCGUAGCAUGCUCGAGGCGGCGGUUGUGUGGAGGCGGAAAACCUAGAAGUACGACGCGGGAACAGCACAAUGAAGGAGAAAAGAACAAACGCAAGCCCGUUCGGGCAAGUAGUGGGCCCGAGCAGAGAGGAAAGGGCAAGAAAGGGCAGCGGAAGAGUACCGGUGCAACGGUAGAACAAGCUGAUCACGAGAAGCUGGAAGUGACGGAGCCGCUUUUGAACGACAGGGUUUAGGCUAAUUGGCUGUGUUUUGGUAGUGCAAUUUUUGAUGAAAAAACAAUAUAGUAAACCUAACGAUUUUUGUUGGAACGGGAAGCACAAUCAAGUUUUGAUGACUACGUUCGAAGCUGGUUCCUAAUUCAGUUGCAUGUGUGAAGUAGAAGUAGUUCCAGAAUUCAUAUGGUGUUUCGGGAUAUUUUUUCCAAAAAGCUUCCCUUUCAGGAUUGUAUAGCGAAGCUUCUGCCCUCCUUUCGUCUCCAUAAACAGACACGACUGCCUUUGCAGUCGCUGUUUGACAAAGAAACACAAAUUGACGAGGAAACAACAAGUUCACAAACACAUUGGAAUACUAGAGACGGUGAGACAAGACGCGAGUCAUGGAGUCAGUAACUUUUUGCUGGCGGUACAUACUGUGCUGUCUCCGCAAGAGGAUCUUUUGCCUGCCC